AUGGGCAGGGAAGAUGUUACGGAAAUCUGCGAGAAAUAUUUAUCACGUAGAGAAGAUCGCGAUAAGGUCAAAGAAGCCGUAGAACGAUGUGUGAAGAAAGGAUACGAUUAUGAAAAGAUGAGGGAUCGGGUGUUAGAUAUCGUCUCUGAUUCUCACAAAGCUCACAAAGUGAUUAGCGCUGUUAGCAACACUUAUGCGCAGUUCCGGAAGAGAAAUAGAUUCGAAGAAUCUAAGGAUGAUAAUAGACCUGCCAAACGUAGAGACGAUCGUGAUCGUGACCGUGACAGGGGCGAUCGUGAUCGUGAUCGUAGAAGAGUUAGAUAUAAUGAGCAGGAUGAACGAAGGGCACAAGGAUUUAGAGUUCUCUCCCAUGACGGUCACAAUAGAAGAUCGGAUAAUGACGACAGAAACCGCAGCGAAGUUGUUUCUGAAGAUACACUGAGAACGAAGGAGUUGAUGUAUAAAGCACAGCAAGAAAUUGAAGAAAGGAAAAGAAAAAUGACAGGAGGACCACAAGGAGCUCUUCCUCCUGCUAAUUCCACGAAGAGUGUACCUUUACGCCCGGAGGAAGCUAGAAUCUUCAUGGAUUUCGCUAUUAACAAGAAGAACCGUGUGGAGGAGUUGAAGGCAAAAUUAUCAGCUAAUAAAACUAUUAACUCAAUCGUGAACAGCCAACAGAAUGCUCCUGUCAUGGCACCCCUACCGGAAGUCACAGAUGACAUUAUCAAGAAAGAGGAACAUUUCCCUAAGGAAGAAAAAGACAAAUUUAUGGCUUUCCUCGAUCCUAGAAUUCAUGCUCGUGCGGCCGAUCGUAAGAAGAGAGGGUUCAACUUCCAUGAAAAAGGAGAGUUUGAGAAGUUGGCCAAUAAGCAACGUGCUGCAGCCAAAUUAGAGAGGCUUCAGGCAGAAGUAUCUCAAGUUGCGAAGAGUACUGGAAUUUCAUCAGCCGUCAAAUUGGCUAUGGUUACUCCUGCUGGUAAAAGCGGAGAUUCUAUCCCUACAGUAGAAUGGUGGGAUUCUAUUGUUUUGGAAGAGGACAACUAUGAGAACAUUCCUGAUCUUACCAAUGCAUUCCGUUUCAAAGAUCCCAUCAGCGAGUUAGUUGAACAUCCUAUCAAGCUUAAGCCACCAAAUGAUCCUCUGGUUCCUCAAUAUCUUAAGGUCUAUCUCACUACCCGGGAACGAAAGAAGAUCCGUCGUCAGAACAGAAAAGAAAUGUUGAAAGAACGAACAGAAAAAAUUAGAUUAGGUUUAGAAAAAGCACCCGAAGCUAAGGUGAAAAUAUCAAAUCUUAUGCGGGUACUUGGUAGUGAAGCUGUUCAAGAUCCAACAAAGAUGGAAGCCCACGUCCGUAAACAGAUGGAUGAACGGUUAAAGAAACAUCAGCAGGCCAAUGCGGAACGAAAGCUGACCGACGAGCAGAGGGCUGCGAAAAAAACAAAGAAGAUAUCCGAGGAUACUUCAAUUUCUGUUAACGUGUGUGUAUAUAGAAUCAAAUCGUUGUUACAUCCAGCCAAGAAGUUCAAAGUUGAAAUGAAUGCCAAGCAACUUCAAAUGACUGGUCUUGUUUUAUUGCAUAAACAGAUUAAUUUAGUUGUUGUCGAAGGAGGUCCCAAGCAGCAGAAAUUCUACAAAAAUCUCAUGCUGAGCCGAAUUAAAUGGGAAGAUGAAAUCAUUGGUCAGAAAAAAGAUGCCGAGAAGGAUGCCCCGGGAGAGCGUAAUAAUUGCACAUUGAUCUGGGAAGGACAAGUUAAGAAACGAAAUUUCCGUGAUUUCACCGUUGUUACUGCCACUAUUGAAAAGAAUGCUCGUGAUCUCUUUGAAAAGCAUGGAGUUGCUCAGUAUUGGGAUAUGGCUUACAGUACAUCAGUACUGUUGGAAGAUCAAUCUACUAUCCUCAUUUGA